UUAGAAUUGUCUAAUGAUUGUCAAGACGCAAAAGAAAAAAUUAAGUAAAAGCCCACGUAAAAAUGUUAGUUAGUAACCACAAGCAAAGGUCAGUUAUAAAUGACCCCAUAAUGAUAACGUUCGCUCAAGAAAUAUGAUGUGAAAAAUAUCUGUGUGCUCUUGAGAGCCAUAUCAGGUUGUAUUGUGCGUAAGUUGUAGUAAAGUGUAGGCGUUUAAAUUUAAUUCUUAACAUUUAUUCAAUGAGUACUUAAAUGCUGGUGACAAAUUGUUACGUUGGCUUUUGUGCUUCGUGUAUUCACUUUUAAAAAGACUCUCACUUGUGACAGAUAUGAUUAUUUAGUAAAGUGCGUUUGAUUUUUCGUGUUUAUUUAGUAUUUACUAUUUAUUAUUUUUAUUCUAUUCCGCGGUUAUCAAUGAUUCAUGUGUUUUUCUGAAUAUUUUAUAACAUUGUUUAUUUGGUUUAUCUUUUGACAAGUUUUAAUAUAUAUUAUAUAUAUUUAUGAAACCGGAACUUGCAGCAUUUUCCACAGCCGCUGAAGACGUGGAAAAUGGGGUCAAGUCUCAAGAUAAUAAAACGGAUUCGCCACAAUCUUCUUCACAUCUUGGAUUCCCAUUUUACCCCACACUGAAAGAAAUUUUCUUUAAAAAUUACCGUUAUAUUCACGGUGAUCGUGGGACGAAUGGCACGAACGAAUCAUUUUUCGACCCUCCCUUGGAUACCUUGUAUAUGAUAGGAGGACUCAUGAUUGCUACGGCAUUGGUCGGUGUUAUUAUUAUUCUUAUUGCAGUUACAAUAAGGCAAUUUAUGCGUUUUCGAUGUAAACUGAGAAAGCGAGAGGACAACGCCAACGAUCAUCAGGUUAAUUCGGAGCCGGCAGUUGUGCAGACAGCGACAUCGGCUUGCAACAACAAUAAUAACAUAAAUAAUAACAACAAUAAUUACCAGGCCAAUGGUAACAUAAACAUCAAUGGCAAUGGUAAUUAUAACAACAAUUUAAAUCUAAGUAAUGGAGUGACGACGGGCCAAAUGCUGAGCUCGGACAUACGAAACAAUGGGAUUGUGAAUCCAGCGGCUUCGAUAACUGUUUCCGAAAUAAAUGGGAUCGUUGAUGGGACAAUUGUUACCGAAGCUAAUGAUCAAUUGGUUUGGCAAUUUCCGCCUCCCUAUCCACCGCCACUUACUCCGCCACCUCAGUACACUUUGUACAAUGACCAGAAUACUCUCGUACACGGUUUACAAGGAGAUCGUCACGGAUUUGCCAAAGGAAUACGUAAAAAUCUCGGGCGCUGGCGUCGUUUGGUGAAAAGGAAGUCAGAUAUAGAUACGUGUGCCAUUCCACCUGAGCUUAAGGACCAGUUGAAGACAAUUUACGUUUACUAAAUUAUUUAUUUAAAUUAUAAUACUUUAAAAUUAAUGACUAAAAAAUAAUCAAAGUUAGAUUAUUAAUUAAAUUAGCAUAAGCGAUUGUGAAAGCCUUCCAAACUCAAUAAUCAAUGCUUUCCUGUAGCGAGUAAGUUAUCCGAGGCCGAAUGACGAGUACAUGUGUGUACAUAUUUAAAUAAUAAUUAUAAUUGUAAUUAUAAUUAUAAUUAAAAUUACAAUAAUUGUCUAGUUAAAUAUAUUUUUAACGAGACGCGGCUACAACGCAAGUAAAUGUGAUCGAGUGUAGAAAAAAAAUAAAAAAAAAAAAAAAUAAAAAAAUAAGAGAGAAUGAAGAGUUCAAUGGUCUCGUGAGACAUGAAAAGAGGAAGGAGAAGAAAAAAAUAAAAUAAAUGUUAAAUAAAAAUGAGGAUGAGGAUGAGGAUGUGGAUGUGGAUGUGAAUGCUGAGCUCGCUUCUGCUGGUACACUACCGUGACCACGAUAAUCUUCAGGGCACGCCCUUUAUAAACAAAAUUUUUGAGCCUUAUGUGGAUUUAAUGAUUCUGAAGUUGACAGACAAUUAUUAAUUUUUUUUUAUCAAAAAAUCAAUCACUAAAAAAAAAAAAAAAAUAUGCACUUGUAGAAAAUAAAAAAAACUACAGGUGCAAUUUUUAAAAAUAUUUUUUUUUCUAUAAUUUACAGUUUUUAAAAUUCCAAAAAUUUUCAGAUGUCAAUUGACUUCAGUAUCAUUUGAAUAAAAGUAAAAUUUGAAUUUAAAAAAAAAUUAGACAUAUCAAUUUUUAAAUUUUGUAUAAGAAAAAAAAAUUCAGAUAAUUUUUUAGAAUAAGAUUUGAAAAUUUUAAUUAAUAAAUUAAAAUUUUACCGAAAUUUGUAACGAAAAAAAAUUGAGUGCCUUCUCAGCCGUUGUCAGUAAAUUGCACAAAGAAAAACAUAAUCAAGAAAAAGUUAAAAAAAAUAUUUAAUAGUUAUAAAAAUUUUUUUUUCAACUGGAAAAGAACUCAAUGAGACUGAAUAUGUAAAGAGUACGACAAUACGAGUGAUCUCGUAGCUUUUGUGUACGUUUUUACAUUAAACAAAAAUAAUAUAAAUGAAAAAUAAAAAAAACUAAAACUGUAGAAAAUGCUGAAAUGAUUAGUAUUAUUUGUAUGCUACUGGACUGUCUCUUGCAUUAAUUGUAAGACCACUGUAUUGUAGUGAUCAAUGUAUGAUAAUUAAUUAAUUUAACAAUUUAUUAAUUAUUUUUUAUAACGACAGUCCUGAAAAUGAGUUUUUAUUGUAAAUAGAUGUAUAAAGCAAUAAUAAUAAGUACAUACCACUUGUAUUCUUAUGACGUAACUAUGUUUUAAAGAUGUACAUGUGGUUACUUUAUCUACGAAUGUAUGGAGACCAUUUAUCCAUUUGGAACAAUAAAUUACCAAUUAAUGCGUCUGAGUAAUUAAAUAUCUAUAUUUUUUUUUAAAUUUAUUUUCACGCUACUUUGCAACAAAAAAAAAUUCUGUAGUUUUUUUAGAAAAUUUAAAAUUUUUUAAUUCCCGCCUAAAAUUCAAAUUGAUUUUUUUUCCUACAACGAAAAAAAUUAUUUUUUGGCGCCAGAAAUUUUUUGUUGUAACAAAAAAUUUAAAAACUUGUAAUUCCCGCCAAAAAUUUAAAUUGGAUUUUUUUUUUCAUACAAAGAAAAAAAUAAUUUUUUGGCGCCAGAAAUUUUUUGUUGUAACAGAAAAUAUCAAAAUUUGUAAUUCCCGCCAAAAAUUUAAAUUGAUUUUUUUUUCAUACAAACAAAAAAAACAAUUUUUUGGCGCGAGAAAUUCUUAUUGUAACAGAAAAUUAAAAAUUUGUAAUUCCCGCCAAAAAUUCAAAUUGAUUUUUUUUUCAUACAAACAAAAAAAAACAAUUUUUUGGCGCCAGAAAUUUUUUGUUGUAACAAAAAAUUUAAAAAUUUGUAAUUCCCGCCAAAAAUUCAAGUUAAUUUUUUUUUUUGUACAGAGAAAAAAAUAAUUUAUUGGCGCGAAAAAUUUUUUCUUAUAACCGAAAAUAAUUUUUUUCUGUGGACUUUUUUGAUUUUUACAUUUAACUCAAAAAUUCAAAUUUUUAAAAGUUUAUUUUUACGUGUAUCGAUUAAAAGUAAUUGAACAAAAAAAAAAUUAACAGAAUUUAUGGAAAGAGAAUUUACUUUUUAAUAAAUAAAUAAUUUUUACAAAAUAUUUAAUAAUUCAAUUUGGAAAUAAAUUUUGUAUUUUUUUUUUUUUAAUAAAAAAAAAUAUAUAUAUAAGACGCAUUAUUAUAAAUUCUCAGGUUAACUUUCAAGAAUAUCAUGGCUCAUAUUGAGCUUCUUAUUAUAUAUUAUUAUUAUCAUUAUUAUUAUUAUUAUUAUUAUUUUUAUUUUUAUUUUUAUUUUUCGUAUUUAUAGUGAAUGUAAUCGAAUACUGAUUGUUUAUAAAAUUACUCAUUAUCACAAUCACUAUCAUAAUUAAUAAUAUUUUCGAUAAUUAUUAUUAUAAUUAAAUUAAUUGAAUUCAAAACGAAAUUUAAAUUUAAAAAAAUGGAUAUUGGUCUCGUGUGACUUGAUGAGAAAAAAUAUUUUUGCGCAUAGAAAAAUUUAUUUUUUUAUUGUAAACGAAUUAAGGAGAAUAAAAUUUAAAAUUUAGUAGAUCAAUUUGAAACUAAAAAAAAUAUAAUUUACUGAGUGAGUGCUGUCAAUUAUAAUUAAUUAAUAAAUUAAUAAAAUAAAGUCAAUACUGUGCCUAUGCAACAUAUCUAGCAUUAAAUAAUUUCAUUUCUGUUUUAUAAUUAUUUUAUUUUAUUAUUAUUCCUAUUACAAUUAUUAUUAUUAUUAUUAUUAUUAUUAUAAU